AUGCCUUCUGAUAUUUCUUCUAUAUUCUCAUCACAAAAUAAUGUAUCAAAUUCAAGGAAUUCAAUUUCAUCAAAACAACAUUUGAUUCAGCCAAAGAUCCCAACCUCCUCAAAGGCCUCAAGAGACUUCAAUCCCCCAAUAAAUUCUAAUCUAACACCUUUGUUUAUAUCUAAUGACAAUAAUAUUAACAGCAUUAAUACACAACAAUACCAGUCUCCAAAUGAUCAAUCCUUCUCUCGGAAUCUGUUUUCUCCUUACACCCAAUUUUUUCUAAAUUCAACUAGCAGCAAGAAUAAUAGCAAUAACAGCAAUAAUUUUGAAAAAGCAUUAAAUUUUCCUAAUACACCUGGUGGUCUUUCGUCAAAUUCUUUCUCUUUAACUCCCUUGAUUUAUAAUUCUGAUCUUUUUCUCCAAAAUUCACCACUCCAAGAUCAAAAUUCUCAAAAUCAACCAAAUCAACCAAAUCAACAGAACCCUUUAACUCCAGUCCAAAACCAAAAUAUUUCAAAUACUCCCAUCCCUAAUGAUCCAAAUAUUAUCUCUUCAUCAAUCAAUCCAUAUAAUUUUAUUUCUUCUCCAAAUUCAAAUAAUUUCAACAAUAUAGAUAAUAUGAAUAGCAUAAACAAUAUGAAUAGCAUAAAUAGCAUUAAUAGCAUGAAUAGCAUGAAUAACGUGAAUAACAUAAAUAAUAUGAAUAUGAAUAUGAAUAUGAACAUAAACAAUUUUCCAUUAGAUCAACUUAAUGCCUUAAAAUCUUCCUUUCUAACUCCCAUUUUACAAUCAAAUAAUUUGAAUAUUAAUUCAAAUAACAUGAAUAACGUGAAUAACAUGAACAACAUGAACAACAUGAAUAACGUGAAUACCUUAAAUGACUUAAACAGUAUGAACUUGAACAAUACCAAUAUAAACAAUUUACUCAAUUAUAUGAACAACUCCAACAUCAAUACACCCAAUACACCCAAUAUUAAUAAUUUUACUAAUUUUACUAAUUUUAAUAAUUUUAAUAAUCUUAACAAUCUUAAUAAUCUUAAUAAUCUUAAUAAUCUUAAUAACUUUAACUUUACUAAUAUCAAUACGCCCAAUAUUAAUAACAUCAAUACACCCAAUAUCAAUAACAUUAAUAACAACAUUUCUACUCCCCUGAAUAAUUUAUUUCAAUACUCAAAUACAGAAUUAAACAAUCUAGUCUCAAUUUCUCCUUAUAUAAAUAGUGAACUUUCUCCACCGAAUAGUAUAAUAUUCGAACCCAUAUCUGAAUUAAUCUCAGGUUCUUUAUAUUCAAAUAAUAUCAAUAAUAACAAUAGUAACAAUAGUAACAAUAGUAACAAUAAUAAUAAUAAUAAUAAUAAUAAUAAUAAUAAUAAUAAUAAUAAUAAUAAUAAUAAUAAUAAUAAUAAUAAUAACUCUAUUUCCACUCCAACCUCUGCUUCCAGCCCAAUCAUCAAUCUCAAUCUCAAUCUCACUCCAACUCACAAUCUCAACCUCACACCUACUCACAAUUCCACUCACACACCUAAUUCAACGUCCAAUUCAAUCUCCACUAUUAAUGAAAAACAAAUUAAUCAGAAAACAACUGAAAGAAAAUACCAAUGCCGUUAUGAAGGUUGUAAUUGGGCUUUUGCUAGACAAUCUGACUUGAGACGCCAUAUGAAAUCUCACGAAGAACCAGAUCAUUACUGCCCCUAUUGGAAGAACGAUCCAACUUGCCAUAAAAAAGGUGGUGGCUUUAAUAGACUAGAUGUCCUAAAAAGACAUUUGAAAUUAGUUCAUUACGUUAUUGAUAAAAACAAUUAUGAUCCAAAGACUAAAAAUGACCCAGGUUGGUGUAGAGUUUGCCAAAAAUUUUUCCCAAAUUCAAAAAAUUUCAUUGACCAUUGCCAUAGCUGUGCUAGAACUGUCGCUCCAACUGAAUGGAGAAUAACUGACGACAGUUAUAAUCCCCAGGAUGAUGAAUCAGUUUCAAUGAAAAAAAAAAUCAUUCAAGACUACAUUACAAAUAAAAGUCAUAAAUUUAUAAGUGAAAACCAUCAAUUUGUUAAUAAUAAUCCAAAAAAAAAAUCAAAACAAAACUCGUCUAUAAACGACAAUCAAUUAGUAAAUCCCUUCAAUAAAAAUUUUAAUAAAUCAAUAACUAAUCAAUCAACUCAAUUAUCAAAUCAUUAUGAUGACAAAACCGAAGAUGAAUCAGAAAAUCAAUAA